UCGUUCAGAAAAAAUGUGAGACAUUUCUCCAUUUGGAGUGUGUUUAGAGAUAAGGUCACAAAAAUAUCCAUACAUUCCCAGCACAAAUACACAGAUAUUUCCGUCAAGCCAUUAUCAACCAAACCUCUACUCAACCCUCUCUCUCUCUCUCUCAGUCACACACACAAACACCAUGCCUGCAACUAUCUCCACAGCUCUAGAUUUCAACUGCCCAAUUUCCUUCACCUCUCCACCAAGACUCCCCAUCACCACCCCCACCACCACCACCAGAAGACUCACCAUUUCAUGUUCCUCCUCUUCCUCCAAAUCUCCUCCACCAGAUUUGGCUGAGCUCCACCACCACCAACAGAACAACAACCCGUCUCUCUCUGACCAGCUCAGGCCUCUCUCCACCACCACCCUCUCCGACACUCCCACCAAAGAAUACCCACCACAAACACCCCAAACCCACCUCCUAGCCAAGCCUAAAUCCACCUGGGUCAACCCCACACGGCCUAAACUCUCUGUCCUCACCCUCCAACGCCACAAAAGGUCUCGACACUCUUACAAUCCCCAAAUCAGAGACCUCAAGCUCUUUGCCAAGAAGCUCAAUGACUGUGACACCUCAAAAGAAGCUUUCUUGGAAGUGGUUGAUGAAAUGCCUCACCCACCCAACAGAGAAAAUUCACUGUUGGUGCUCAACAGCUUGAGACCAUGGCAAAAGACCCUCCUUUUCUUCAAUUGGAUCAAGACCCAGAACUUUUUUCCUGUAGAAACAAUCUUCUACAAUGUCACAAUGAAGUCUUUGAGGUUUGGUAGGCAAUUUCAGCUUAUAGAAGACCUUGCACAUGACAUGAUAAACAAUGGGAUUGAGCUUGAUAACAUUACAUAUUCAACUAUUAUUACUUGUGCCAAGAGGUGUAAUCUAUUUGACAAGGCUGUGGAGUGGUUUGAGAGGAUGUACAAGACUGGUUUGAUGCCCGAUGAGGUUACAUACUCUGCCAUUUUAGAUGUGUACGCUAAGUUGGGGAAGGUUGAGGAGGUGAUGAGUUUGUACGAGAGAGGGCGGGCGAGCGGGUGGAAACCCGACCCCAUUGCUUUUUCCGUGUUAGCGAAGAUGUUUGGUGAAGCUGGGGACUAUGAUGGCAUAAGGUAUGUGCUCCAAGAGAUGAGGUCUCUUGGGGUAGAGCGCAAUUUGGUUGUGUACAACACAUUAUUGGAAGCAAUGGGCAAGACUGGAAAGCCUGGCUUGGCUAGAAGCUUGUUUGAGGAAAUGGUCGAAUCAGGGGUUAGCCCGAAUGAGAAAACCCUAACCGCACUAGUGAAGAUUUAUGGCAAGGCGAGGUGGGCUCGUGAUGCGUUGGAGUUGUGGGAACGCAUGAGGUCAAAUGGGUGGCCAAUGGACUUCAUUUUGUACAACACGUUGUUGAGUAUGUGCGCGGAUCUUGGGUUGGAGGAGGAUGCGGAGAGGUUGUUUGAGGAUAUGAUGAGGUUGGAGCAUUGUAGGCCGGAUAGUUGGAGCUACACCGCAAUGCUCAACAUUUACGGAAGCGGAGGGAGGGUUGACAAGGCGAUGGAACUGUUCGAGGAAAUGCCUAAGAGGGGUGUUGAGCUCAAUGUCAUGGGAUGUACUUGUUUGAUACAAUGCUUGGGGAGGGCUAAGAGAAUUGAUGACUUGGUUAGGGUUUUUGAGGUCUCAAUUGAAAGAGGUAUAAAGCCGGAUGAUAGGCUUUGUGGGUGUUUGUUGUCUGUUGUGUCAUACUGCGAAGAAGGCAAAGACAUUAACAAGGUCCUCAGUCUUUUGCAACAUGCGAACCCACAAUUAGUUGCAUUCAUUAAAUUGCUCAGGGAAGAGAAAACAAGUUUUGAGACCAUCCGAGAGGAGUUCAGAGGCAUACUUAAUGCCACAGCAGUAGAUGCUCGAAGACCCUUCUGCAACUGCUUGAUUGAUAUAUGUCGAAAGAGAAACCUCCAUGAGAGGGCCCACGAACUACUUUACGUAGGAACAGUAUAUGGUUUGUACCCCGGUUUACAUACCAAGACACCCGAGGAAUGGCGUCUGAAUGUCCGGUCACUGUCCGUGGGUGCAGCCCACACUGCAUUUGAAGAAUGGAUGGAUACUCUGACGCAAAUCAUCAAGCGCCAAGAAGCAUUGCCAGAGUUAUUUUCAGCCCACACCGGUUCAGGAACCCACAAGUUCUCUCAAGGACUAGCCAGUGCGUUUGAAUCUCAUGUUCAGAAGCUCGCUGCACCUUUUUCGCAGAGCGAAGAGAAACCUGGGUUUUUCAUUGCAACCAGAGAAGAUAUAGUAGAAUGGGUUCAAUCAAGAGCUCCAUCACCUGCCAUUACAGCAUAAAUGAUGAUCCAAGUGUUCCACAUUUUAAAUCAAGUGUUCACUCUUUGUACCGCAUGUAAUUACAGAUGCAACAGCUACAACCACCAAAAUGUAAAAUUUCAUUCUACUCGCUUGUUGCAGUGUUGUAUAAUUGUAACUUGUUUCAAACUUUUUUUACACAA